AUAUAUAUGACAUAUAUGACAUUUUAGCAAUACACUAACUUAAGUCUGUGGAUUUACUGGAAUAUAACAGAAAAUAGACUUUUAUGGCGAAGCCCCCCCCCCCCCUUAGAAAUACCCAUAAAUUAUGGAACGCCAUACCUAUUCUGCGCAUAUCGAAAUUGCAUCCACGUCAUUCCCAAAAGUGCAACAAGCCUUCACGUAUUGUAGACCCCGUUGACGUUGUAGACUUCGCAAAUCAACUAAAACGAAGCGAAUUUCGAUACUUUUGUAGCAAGACCUGUUUAGCCCAUAACCUGAAGUGAUAACGGGAUGUAUAUAACAUAAGUUCUUGAGAGUUUGAUAGAUCCAUCAAGAAAUGAUUAUACUAUCUGUCUACCCAAAUGAGUUCGUCAGAGAGCACUAAUCCAGUCUCUACGCAUCCAGUACCCCAUUUGAGGCAUAGAAAAGGCAAGAUCGAAGACACAAUGGUUCCAAGGGUAGUGGCCAGUUCAGCCUUAGAUGGCCAGUCAUUGCUUCCACUUCCAGAGGAUAGAGGAAAAACGAAUGCAGAUGAUUAUCAAACAAACGACGAAAGAGGGAACGGAAGUGAUCCUCAUGCCAAGUAUAGACUUCACAAUGGCCUCCCGCUAAAUAAUAGUUCUGAUGCGGACCAUGAUCCUGAUGGCAUUGAAAUUGAGACAAGCUUUACUGAGCCAUUGCUUGGAAUCACAAGAUCAAGUGAUGAAGAUGAUGAAGGUGAUGGUGGAUUGUCCACCUUCAUGCAAGAGAGAGAGCAUGCAUCAUAUCCCAAAGAAUCCUCGUGUGGCAUCGCUGCUCAAGUGCUUCUUCCUUUUCUUAUUGCUGGCUUUGGAACAGUCUACGCAGGCCUUGUUCUUGAUCAUGUUCAGCAUUGGAGUGUAUUUGUUCAAGUCACAGAGUUGUUUAUUCUGGUGCCAUCAUUACUGGGUUUGAAGGGAAAUCUAGAAAUGACAUUAGCUUCAAGACUAUCAACUGCUGCUAAUCUGGGUAUCAUGGAUGACAGAAAGAAAUUGCGAGAUAUGAUCCUUGGAAAUAUGGCAUUGACACAGUGUCAGGCCCUGGUUGUUGGGUUCCUAGCUUCAACAGCAGCAGUUAUAUUUGGAUGGAUUCCUGAUGGAGAGUUUGAUAUCAAUCAUACUUUACUUUUAUGUGCUAGUAGCAUGGUCACAGCUUCACUAGCUAGUGCAGGAUUAGGUGCUAUCAUGGUAGGAGUUAUUAUAUUAUCACGCAAGUGUAAGAUCAACCCAGAUAAUGUAGCUACACCUAUUGCAGCAAGCCUUGGAGACCUUAUCACUUUAUCUCUUCUUGCCUGGAUUAGUAAUCUCCUAUUCAAAGCUAUCGGAAAGCAGCACUGGUUGGCACCAACCAUCAUUGUAUUCUUCUUUUUAUUGGUACCUCUCUGGGCAUUCCUAGCUAAGCGUAAUGAGUACACAAGAGAUGUGCUUUACAAUGGAUGGUCACCUGUCAUUGCUGCCAUGAUGAUUAGCAGCAUCGGAGGGCUUGUAUUGGAUAUUGCAAUUCGUAGCAAUGAGGGUGUUGCUGUGUUCAGUCCUGUUAUUAAUGGAGUUGGAGGCAACCUAGUCGCAGUGCAAUCAAGCAGAAUAUCUACGCAUCUUCAUGGUAUUGGUAGUCUAGGUACUCCAGACCCAGAGAGAAUCAAGAAAUGCAACUCACCCUUUACAGUUUUCUUUGGAAAAGAUAUGCAUUCCCGGUCAGCCCGAGUGUUGAUCAUGAUGGUCAUUCCUGGUCAGCUUAUCUUCCUCUAUUAUAUCUCCUAUAUGAAUGCUGGUCACUCAUCUAUUACUCUCAGAGUUACCUUCAUGUAUAUCACUGUGUCUCUCAUUCAGGUGGUAAUCUUGUUUCAGUUAGCUGACUGGAUUGUUUACUAUCUAUGGGGAAAGAAACUUGAUCCUGAUAACUUUUCUAUCCCAUACCUGACUGCUUUAGGCGAUCUCCUAGGUACCGCUCUCCUUGCUCUUGGAUUCCUGAUAGUGUGGUUACUUGGAGAUAGAGACUUAGACAUUGGAGAUUAAUACCUCAUUAUUUUAAAGUCGACAGGGAUGCAAGUUUCAGGCAGAAUUACAACGAUUGGCAAUACCAUGUCACUGUGGACUUUAUGUAUAGAUAAUCAUGUUGAUGGUCCUGAAUCAUUUCAUCCUUACAUGUAGGUCUAAUGAAGCUCAUACAAAAUGGAAUUUUAGAAUUACAGUUGACAUUGAUAAAAUGCAGUUUUCUUAUGGCAUUUAUGUCAUAUGAAACUGAUAUUCACUGGUAAUUUUGUUUCUACCAAUAUCAAUACCAAUAUCAAAAACCUGUUUAGUGGAAAAUUGUUGGAGAAGAAGAUAGUAACAUACAAAACAUAAACCGUCAAAACAUUGGUUGAAAUGCCCUGAUUUAGGAAAGAUUUUCCUGGAUUCAAGCUGAGUCCAUCUGUUUCAAGCCAUAAAGAAGGUUUCUGUGUACCAAAUAAUGCUCCUGAAAACAUUGUCAACUUGAGGGUGUUUCAUAAAGCUUUUUAUAAAGCUAUGCACAGCUUUAUGCAUGUUUUGAUUCACUGGAAUAUGGAGUGCUAAAACAGGAGGUCAAAGUUUUUCAUUGAAUUCCAGUAAAGUUUGACAUUACUUUGAAUUAUCUCAUUGAAAAAUAUGGACAAUUAUAUACUUUGCACUAUCGAGUUUCAAUAGAGUACAGAAGCGAUGACGUCAGUUGUCAUGGUGUCAAGGCAGCCUGGUUCUAAACAAAUGAACCCGUCGAUUGAAAGCGUGUGACUCUCAUAGGAGAAAAUGGCUGCUCUCGGAAUUUGAUCGCUUGCAACCUAUUUUUCUGAUGAACCAAAGUCAUUUGCAAAUACAAAUGUGUAUACAGACGAUCGUCAGCUGCGACUCUGUUUAGAACCAGCCCGCCAUGACACCAUGGCAAUUAACGUCACACUUCAGUACUCUAUAAAUAUAGUGUAAGUUUCACCAUAUUUUAACUUGGCCAAAAAAAAAAUAUGUGAUUAAGAAUAACUGACACCGAUGAGGCUUGCCAUAUUGCAGUCUUUCAUAAAGUUUAAAAUUUUGUGUUAACUUUACAAAGAGCUUGAUCAAACAGCCUUUAUGGAAUUGGGUAGUGAAACAGGCCACCUAGCUAAGCGGGGUAAUAUUACUAGAGUGUUUUGAAUACCCGAUUUUACUGAUUCUGUAUGAAAUAGAUAUUCAUAUUUUCUGUAGUACAAAUGAUGAUUUAUUUUAGCUUUACCAGAGGAAAAAAUUAUAUUUUGAAAAUUAUGAAUUGUCAAAUCCUUGUUAUUAAAUGCUAUGUCUGUUUUUAACAAAAUUGUCAGAAAUUGAAUGAUUACAGUGCAUGUCAGGUGGCAACGAAAUGUACAAAUUUAUUUUCUUUUUAUUAUUGAAUUGAAAACCAUUCUUUCUUGUGGGAUUCUACACAAGUAUCUUUAUGUAUUUUUUUAACCAUCCCUAAUGAUCCCAUUUCUCUCAUUAGUAAUACAUGUACUGCAAUAUGAGUGAUUUGAUUUAUUUCCUUGAAGAUUAGCUUUCUCUUCAGUCAUACCAUGGACCUAGUGUAGGUCCAUGAUCACAUCAAGCUCUGCUUGACUUACUUGAUUUAGUAAAUAAUUUAUAAUCUUUUUUGGAUAAAUUUUGUACACAGAAAAUCCAUCAAUGAUUUGCUAGAUAUUUCUAGGUUUCACUAAUGAAGAGAUUGAUAGGAGUGGUGCAGUUAUUUUAUUUGAGCAUUUUUUUUAUCAUUUCAGAUAUUCUGUGUAUUGCAGACUUUGGUUUUCAUGGUAUUCAAGUGCAAUGUAGUAAUAUAUAUUUAGUAAUUCCUGUCAUCAAAGUGAGACACCAGUCUUCCACAUUUUACCAUAUCUGAUCAAGGACGACACAAGUCGCUAUGAAGGGCAGUAUUGUAUAUGUUGUCAUGUACUGUCAAACUGUAUUUUUCAUGCUUUUUUUUUCUUCUGAUUUCUUUUUUUUUUGUUCACAAGGUGAUGAUUCAUUAUAAAGAUAUUUGUAGAGUUCUAUUUAUGAAUGGCGGGAGAAUGAAAUGCUAAAUUUAGUUUAAAUCCCAGCGUACACUAAGAUCCGAUUGCAGAGUGUGAGCCAACCUGCAGUGCUGUGCAGCUGACUUGUUGCAGAAAACUCACUGACCAAAUGUCUUGAGAUCAGUGCAUGGUAGAGGCGCCAUGCAUGGACAUGAAGCCUGCUGCAGAGCUGUUGCAAUGUGUGUCCUGGCCUGUGAUAGGAUAACACUGAGAUGCGAUUGGCAUCACAUUCUGUGCACUGGGCUUUAAGAGAUGAAUUGAUAUUGUCAAAGUAGAAAAGUGCUUCUUUUGGAAUAAGAGGUAUACCAUAUCUCUUUCUAGUGUAUAAUCAAGAUUAGCUGAGCAGUUUAGAUGAAUUGAAAGUUAUCAACAGUCUAUAAAGUCAUAGAGGUGCACCAUACAUCAAUCGAAAGCCACAUGCAACGUAAUAAGGGUGUCAAAAAAACCGAAAUAGGGUAUAUAUUU